AUAUCAUAACCCCAGUUGUUAAAUGUCGAACAAAUUACAUGCUUCGAUGUUCUUCACAUGCCAUAACCUCGGCAUCAACACAAUUACAGGUUGCAGUCUUCAUCUCCACUACCCAUAAACUGAACUCUGAACUGCUUUCUGUCCUCUCAAAAUGGCAGCAACAGACAACGAGCUCGACUAUGAGUUUCCCACAUUCCUCAGAGUCUACAAAAACGGCCAUGUCGAACGACUGAUGGGGACUGAGUCCCUUCCCGCGGGCGUUGAUCCUCAAACUGGCGUCACGUCGAAGGAUGUAAGAGAUAUAGUCCCUGGAACAGAAGUCUAUGUCAGAAUCUAUCUCCCUAAGCUUAGCAACAGCAGCAACACUGAAAAGUUACCACUCCUCAUUUACUUCCAUGGAGGCUACCACAAUUACCUGAAUGCCCUUGUAGCAGAAUCCCAGGUUGUAGCAGUCUCCGUGCACUACAGAAGGGCUCCUGAACACCCUCUUCCUGUUGCGUACGAGGAUUCUUGGGCUGCCGUCCAGUGGGUGGCUUCCCAUCGUAGUGGAGAUGGGCCUGAGGCUUUACUCAACCAGCACGCGGAUUUCAGACGUGUGUUUCUCGCCGGUGAUAGCGCCGGAGCGAACAUAGUCCAUAACUUGGCUAUGCGGGCAGGGAAUGCUGACGCGGGGCUAAACCUGGAAAUUCUUGGAAUUGCAUUGACGGAUCCGUAUUUCUGGGGGUCGGAUCCUGUCGCUUCGGAGUCACUGGACCCGGUUAUGAAGGCAUUUGGUGAGCGGUUGUGGCCGCUGGUGUGCCCGUCGUCCCCGGAUUAUGAUGACCCGAAGAUCAACCCGGUGGCGGAGGGUGGGCCGAGCUUGUCGGGGCUGGGGUGCCGGAGAGUUGUGGUGACUGUGUCUGAGAAGGAUUGUUUGAGGGAUAGAGGGAGGCUUUACUUUGAGGGUUUGAGUGGGAGUGGGUGGGGGGGUAUGAUUGAGAUCCAUGAAACGGAAGGGGAGGGUCAUUGCUUCCAUAUGCAUGACCUGAAUAAUGAGAAGGCAAAGGAGAGGAUGAGAAGAUUGGUUGAUUUCUUCAACAGGGAUAGUAACUGAAUGCUUACAUGAGAUCAUGCUUAAUUACUUCUGUUGAAAUUACAUUUGGUUGCCAAUUAACGUUAAUGUACUUGUAAUAAUUUCAUGUGAAAUGAAUUUCUCUUAUUCCUCAUGA